GUUGUGUCGGCUCUUUUCUUUUAGCUUACGUCUGUCCGUCUCUUUUAGCGUGUGUUUUCGUUUUUACGAGUCUUUGACGCGCCGCUCCCGUCUCAACCCUUUUCGCGUAAUAAACACCGGAACGUAUCGCGUUUUUUGCAGUUUUUGACGUGAGAUCGGGGUCCGCUCAUCUCGUCGCCGUAACCCGCGUUGUCUUGCGGGAAAUGACCCGCGGCCGAAGUGUUAAAAUGAUCGUCCGCCACUGAAACGGGACUUGUUUACCUCCUGGAUAUUUUCGUCGGUUUUUGGAUUGUGUGAAUGACAAGAUUAAAACUAGAACAUGCCUUCACUGCCUACUUCCUUGGUAAAUUCAGUGUGAUAGUGCGAAAAUCCAAGAAUGGAUGAGACAUUUCUCUCAAACUCUGAGAAAAUUACAACUGCAAGGGAUCAUAAACUCAGAAAGCGAAUUUAGCUAAUUGAAACCAUAACUAGUUCCUGAAUUUGAUAAGUGUAAAGAAAUACUCAAAAGCGAUAAAACUUUUUAGUCAUUUCAAAAAUUUUGCGAAAGUUGCCACAAAACUCUCGGAUUUUCCGUCGGACAUUUUUCUGGACAAAAGUCUGAACUUGAAGCUUCAUCCUCGGAAGUUAGAUCAACAGCCGCCAGACAGCGCACGUAACAGCAAAAGCACGAGAUCUCGCCCCGACUCGUCAUGAACGGAGUGGAGUGUUGGAGCCGGAAGUGAGGUGUGCGCCACUUCCGCCUCAGCAAGUGCGCGUUUCCGCGAUCCGGACCCAAAACCAUGCGCGAACACCGCGGAGUGUCUCCGAUCCCCAUAAAUUACGCCAUUGUCAUAACACCAUGCGCCUUGUCAUAACACCGCGCGGAGUCGGGGCGGACCACCGGCUCUUUUCACCAAGUGUCGAUGCCCAAGAUUCAUGGCUGUGCUAAGUGUUCGACCGAAUCGCUGAUCGUGAAUCCAAGAUACGGAUUGGGAUCUUAGAUCUGAUCACGGACCGCAUCCAUCAUGCCGGCUCCGGUCCCGCGUUAGGGGCAUUUGCGUUUUCUUCCAAUUUCUCUUGUCGCCUCCUCCACAUCAUGUGAGUUCGUGACAUUAUGCUUUCAGCUAGUUCAGCUUUCAUACGGAUUACUUUGCUCUGUUCUAUCGCAACCAAUUUUCUUCGGCUCUCCUCUUGUUUGAGGCUAUCCUCGGGCGGCUCGGCGCUUGGUGCUGGGGCGAUCUGCAGCAGAGUGCCAGGACUCACGGAUCGGCAGCGAGAAAUGUGUCGGGAAGCGCCGGACGCCAUGGUGGCCGUCGGCGACGGGAUCCGACUCGGCACCCAGGAGUGCCAGUACCAGUUCAGGGGUCAUCGAUGGAAUUGCACAGCUAUCGGCGGCCAGAGCGCUUUCGGCCACGUCGUCGUCGUCGGUAGCCGGGAAGCAGCGUUCACGUACGCGAUCUCGUCGGCGGGGGUGGCGUACGCAGUGACGGCGGCCUGCAGCCGGGGGAACAUCUCGACGUGCGGCUGCGACCCGCGGCACAAGGAGCGCAAGGAGCUGGCCCUCCAGGGCCCCGGCCCGAGCGGCUGGAAAUGGGGCGGCUGCAGCGUGGACAUGGGCUUCGGCAUGCGCUUCGCCCGCAAGUUCCUCGACGCUCGCGAGAUCGAGCGCGAUGCCCGCAGCCUCAUGAAUCUCCACAACAACAAGGCCGGCAGAAAGGCGGUGAAGAUGAGUCUGCAGACGGAGUGCAAGUGUCACGGGGUCUCUGGGAGCUGCACGAUGAAAACCUGCUGGAAAACCCUUCCGCCGUUCCGGCUGAUCGGGGACCAUCUGAUGCACCGCUACUGGCGCGCGCGGGGGGUCUCGGCGGUGCCGGUGCCCUCGGCGUCGAAGACGUCCACGCGGGAGGUGCGGCCCCUCCAGCUGACCCUCCGCAGGGCCCGCUCCGUCCAGAAAACCCCGAAACGCUCCGAGCUAGUCUUCCUCCAGUCCUCGCCCAACUACUGCGAGCGCAACCUCAGCAUGGGCUCGCUCGGCACCGUCGGCCGAUUCUGCAAUCGCACCUCCAUGGGGGAUGCUAGUAAAUCUGACGGGUGCGAUCUGCUCUGCUGCGGCCGAGGUUACAACACGCAUCAAAUCACCAGAUCCUGGCAGUGCAGCUGUAAAUUCCAUUGGUGUUGCCAAGUCUUUUGCGAGAUCUGCACCGAGAAGAUCGAGCUGUACACCUGCAAGUGACGUCACGGGAACUCUCAUCUUAUCCCUACUCGCAAGUCCUCCAAAAGCUGGUUUUCAAACGAUCGUAAAAGCCUUUUCCUCUUCAUGGACAACGAGGAGAAUCUACCGGACUCGGAGUGUUACUGAAACAUAACCUACAUUCUGUCAUGUGCUGCAGUAUUGCCCGUAAUAGCAUGUUGUCAUUACGAGGGGCUGUAUUAUGAAGGCUGCACUAAAAGAACAUUCUCUAACAAUGUAUCUUGGGCCGUAUUCAUAUAGUCGUUCCUCAAAAAGUCCAAAGUCCCUGAGGAAGCCUUAUGCGAUUUAAAAUGUCACUAAGGGGGGCUCCAGAAACUUUUAAGUAGUAGGUAUCAUAAAAAGAACAGUGGUUAUGAAUCUCGAAUUUCAAGUGCACGGCUUUCGGAAAAAGUUAUAAUGACUUGCCAUUACAAAAAAUAUGGUUCACAAGAGAAAUUAUCUGUAUUUGAUUUUAAUUUCUUUUAUUUUAUUUAAGGUAGAUAGAGAGGUACCUACCUUGAAAGUUUUAAAACCCGCGACAUUUUUGAUUGGAAAUUAAAGGGCCUUCUUACACCUUCAAUAGUCACGAUGCAAACCAUCAUGGGGCCUCCUGAUGGAAAAGAACUAUUAAACAAGCGAAUAUGAAUACGGGCUUUAAGCAUCGUUACAGUUUUAAGUAAGGUGCGAAGCACCCAUCGUUUAAAGAGGGGCAUCGCCUAAAGAAAUUUUAGACACAUUGCUUUGCGUCAAUCUUUCAGCUGUACCCAAGUAGCACAGAUUGCAAUUUAUUGCGAUAUUUCCAUGGUGUUAUUGCUACUGAGCCCGAGUGUUGUAUUUGUUGCCUAUUCACUGGUUGAAGGGGCUCUCCUCAUCAUACCUUUUUGUUGAGCUUACGAGCAAAAAAAUGAAGCCAACAGGUAAAGUAAAAAUUAGUGUUUGUACAAUUUUUAACCAUUUUUGAGGAAACUUUUUUAUGCUAACAUCUGAGCAAUAAAUAAAUAAGUAAGUAAGUAAGUAAGUCAGUGAGUAAGUAAAAAACUGUGCCAAAAACGUUUGUACAUAAUCGCAAACUCUGUAAAUACACAUUUAUCGAUAAUGAAUACCUUUAACAAAAAAAUUUCUCUUCCAGUUUCGAUAGUAGCUUAUCCGAAAAAUAAUAAUAUUCAGUUGAGUCAUUGUUAUAAUUGUUAAGUAACUUCAUUAUGGUAGUCAUUCUCGUCUAUGGGUUUUUUUAGCUUACACUUUGUAAAUAAAUGAAACUUCAGAAAUGUAUUACUUUCAAACUUUUUUGAAGUAGUAUCUUCAAACCGAACUCAAACAAUCAUUUAUAAUAUUCAGCCUCGUUUAAUGGAAUAGAAAGGCCUACUCAUGAUUCGAAGACGAAGAGGUAGAAAAUAAUGAAAAUAAUAAAGACGAAAGAAGAUGGAAAAAAACAGAAAUAAAGUAAGGCAUAAACUGAAGUAAUGAUUCCACGAUGAAUGACGGACAUUGGCGGAUCCAGUGAAUUGGCAACAUUAUCUUUUCUUCGUUUAAACUUAUGGAAAAGUAUCGAUUCUUGGAGGGGCCAGCUGCCCCGAAAAGAAUCGAUUACUUAGCAUAGGUUUAAAUGGAGGAAAUCCGGUGUUGCCAAAUUGCUGGAUCCGGCUCUGAUGACGGAUGAACCUCACUUCAUUCUUAAAUGUCUAUUAAUUUGAAUCUUUGAGGGGUAAUGAGAUUUAAACACAUUGAUUCUGCCUCAUCACUGAGUACUUUUUAUAUUUCUGGCAGUGAAGGUGUAUUAGUUCUUCUUUUGAGAAAGUUUUUCCAAAAUUGUAUUAAAACUGUGCUUGCAAGUCCAUGGAUUUCAUAGCAUUAAAAUGAAUUUUUUAUGGAGCCUAUCGAGUCCGCAGAAGACUCGUCAAGUACAAAAUCACUUCGGUUUAUUGAGCUAAUUUAGCAAUUUAUGCGAUGUCAGCUACUAACCAUUAUUUGUAAACUACUUUGUAGAAAUAAAAUAAUUUUUUGUAAGUA